AUCUUUGAAAAGUGAGAGUUUUAGAAGGAAAAGCCUCAUUUUUCUCGAGGUUCAAUCUCAGUUUCAGCGAAUUCCGGUUCUUGCCACGCAAUUUCUCUUCCAAAUUAGGGCUCACAAUCACUAUCUUGGAAUCCUAAUUCGUCUUCAUUCCUUCCCCUUUUUCUUCAAAAGCCCCAAAUUUUGAGCCCUCUCAGACAAUCCAGCCCCAGAAAUUUAGGGUUUUUUGUCUUUCAAUUUGUUUUUGUAUAUAAAUUCUUCACAAAUUCAUUUUUUAGGGUUUCAAUUCUCCUAGAUUCGUUGUUGGAGCUUGAAAUUUCACCAAUUUCUUUGUAAAUUAGGGCGUAAAACUCUAUAAAAAUUCCAACUUUGAUUCUGACGAUGUCGGUGCCGGCAAUCGCGCUCUACGCUAGUCCGCCAAGCCACCACCCGUGCCAGCUCGCUUCUGCGUCCUCCCAUGGCUCGCCGGAGCAUGACUUCAACCCCCGGCCAUGUCCACCGUCCUCUUGCCCUAAGCCGAUCGCCAUGGGUGGCCUCUCCUGCCUCUUCUCCUCUUCCACUGCCCGCCACACUGCCGACGAGCUUAGCUCCAUCUGGCACGACCGCUCCGAUGAUCUCUCCAGCCCCUUCUCCUUCAAGUCCCGUGACGCCAGCCCUGUCUCGGUGUUCCGCGGCCCUGUUUCCUCCAGCCGGAGUCCACCAUCGUUUCGGAUCCCUAAGGAUUGGAUUGGAUGUGAUUUGAGGACGGGAAGAGACAGGCUUUUCCGGGGGUUCGUGAGGAAUGCUUUGGGAUCUUGUUUGGACUAUGAUUCUCCGAGCUUUCCCAUGCCUGGAAGCAGGGGGCUUGAUUCAGAAGAGCUUGCUUUUGAUUUGGAGGAUGGUUUGGAUGUUAUGGCGCCAGCCUGUGAGCCCUACGCCAGAGAAUUGCUUGCCGGAGCACAAGAAAGGCAUAAGAUUUUCUAUGAGGAGCUUGUUGUGAAGGCGUUCUAUGAGGCUGAGAAGGCUCAUAGAGGGCAGGUGAGGGCGAGUGGUGGUCCAUAUUUGCAGCAUUGUGUGGAAACAGCAGUGUUGUUGGCGAAGAUUGGUGCUAAUGCCACUGUUGUUGCUGCCGGGCUUUUACAUGACACAUUUGAUGAUUCUUUUAUGGAUUAUGAUUAUAUUUUUCGGUCUUUUGGAGCUGCAGUUGCUGAUCUUGUUGAAGGGGUCUCAAAGCUUAGUCAAUUGAGCAAGCUUGCUCGUGACAACAAUACUGCUAGUAAGACUGUUGAGGCUGAUCGGUUGCACACGAUGUUUCUAGCCAUGACAGAUGCUAGAGCUGUUCUUAUCAAGUUAGCAGACAGACUACACAACAUGAUGACCCUUGAUGCUCUGCCCAUGGAUAAGCAACUGAGAUUUGCUAAAGAAACUUUGGAAAUCUUCGCUCCAUUGGCCAAUAGGUUGGGGAUCUCGAGUUGGAAAGAGCAACUAGAGAGUUUGUGCUUCAAACAUCUUUAUCCCGGCCAGCACAAAGAGCUGACUUCUAAACUCAUUAGUUCAUUUGAUGAAGCCAUGAUAGCUUCUGUUAUUGAGAAACUAGAGGAGGUUCUCAAAGCCGAAGGUGUUUCUUACCAUGUUCUUUCAGGAAGGCACAAGAGCUUGUACAGCAUUUACUCGAAGAUGCUCAAGAAGCAGCUAACUAUGGAUGAGAUCCAUGACAUUCAUGGGUUGCGGGUGAUAGUUGAUAAAGAAGAAGAUUGCUACACUGCACUUAACAUUGUCCAUAAUUUAUGGCCCAAAAUUAUUGGAAGGUUUAAAGAUUACAUUUCUUGUCCCAAAUUCAAUGGUUAUCGAUCAUUGCAUACUGUUGUUAUGGGGGAAGACAUGCUUCCUCUGGAGGUGCAGAUCCGAACCAAAGAGAUGCAUCUUCAGGCUGAAUAUGGAUUCGCCGCACAUUGGAGAUACAAGGAAGGUGACUCCAUGCACUCAUCCUUUGUGCUUCAAAUGGUUGAAUGGGCGAGAUGGGUCCUGACUUGGCAGUGUGAGAUAAUGAACACUGAUGGCUGCUCGUCUCUUGGCGAAUCAGAGCUGGUUAAGCCACCAUGUCCAUUCCCUAGUCAUUCUGAAGACUGCCCUUAUUCAUACACACAACAAUGUGACCAUGAUGGACCUAUAUUUAUCAUAAUGCUUGAAAAUGAAAAGAUGUCUGUGCAGGAGUUACCACCGAAUUCAACGGUAAAUGAUCUCUUGGAGAGGGCAAGUCGACGGAGUUCAAGAUGGGCACUUUAUAAUUUACCGGUGAAGGAAGAGUUACGACCAAAGCUGAAUCACGAACCGAUUUGUAACCCGAAACAGAAGCUUAGGAUGGGUGAUGUGGUUGAGCUGACACCGGCGAUACCUGAUAAAUCUCUAACUGAGUAUCGCGAAGAAAUCAAGCGUAUGUAUGAUCUUGGGCUUGCUGUUCCAACCCAAGGAAGAUGGAGAAGCUGAUACUGUCUGUCUACUGGAUAUGUUUACAUGCUAUGUAAACUGAUCAUUUGAUUUGUUGUAUAUAUGAUUUCAAAAACUGUACAUAACUCCUCAUAGUUUGAAAUGUAGACAUACCUGAUUCAUUAAACUUGGUGUCUUUGUGUUUCAA